CCGUGGAAGUGGUGAAACGUCGCCUCUCUUUUACUCCACAUGCACUCUUCUAUAUUCCUUAAUUUAAAGUUAAAACCAGUUUCUCAACAACCCUUGCCGUCUCCACACACCCGGCCUAGUAUAUAUAUUUAUAUAUAUAAUAAAUAUAUAUUUAGAAAAGUAAAAUCAAAUAAGUUAAAUGAGUUUGUCUAGUUCAAAGAAUGUCUUCAGUCUGUGAAACAAUGUCCUAUCCACCCCCUCCUCUCCUACCUAGGCCGGACUAUUUGCCACAUUUUCAUCCGGGUGGUCUACCAACCUUUCCCGGAUUAGGACCUACCAAUAGCUUCUCAACCCCAUCCGGAUAUCCGGGUGUAUAUCCGGGUUUACCCGGAUUUCCUUUUGGAGCUCUUCGUCCGCCCCCACCAGAGGACGAUAAUGUCCAGGACGAUCCUAAAGUUACUCUUGAGCAUAAAGAACUCUGGGAGCAGUUUCAUAAACAUGGAACUGAGAUGGUUAUCACUAAAUCUGGAAGGCAGAUGUUUCCUCAGAUGAGAUACAGAUUAUCUGGGUUGGAUCCAGACACUAAAUAUAUCCUGCUCCUAGAUAUAGUUACAGCAGACGACUGCAGAUACAAGUUCCACAACAGCCGAUGGAUAGUGGCCGGGAAGGCGGACCCCGAGAUGCCGAAGAGGAUGUACAUCCACCCUGACAGCCCCGCCACCGGGGAGCAGUGGAUGCAGAAGGUCGUCUCCUUCCAUAAACUCAAGCUCACCAACAAUAUAUCAGAUAAACAUGGAUUGACAAUCUUGAACUCGAUGCACAAGUACCAGCCGAGGUUCCACCUGGUGAGGGCCAGCGACAUCCUGCAGCUCCCCUACUCUACCUUCAGAACCUAUGUGUUUAAAGAAUGCGAUUUUAUUGCUGUGACAGCUUAUCAGAAUGAGAAAGUCACCCAGCUAAAAAUAGACCAUAAUCCCUUUNCCCCCCACCAACUUUCAUAUCUCUAUAGCCAGCUCUGCUAUGGCUAG